AUGGGUACUGUGGACAGUGAAAACCGUAGACCAAAUGGCCUGGGUAUACGUCAUUUGCAGACAUUCCUCAUGUUCCUGGCCAUGCUGUUAGCAUACAGCAUGCGGGUCAACCUUAGCAUGGCAAUAGUCGACAUGACCAAUAGAGAGAACGAUAGUUAUUUCGACUGGAGCUACAGCGUGCAAUCCCUCGUCUUAUCAUCAUUCUUUUGGGGCUAUGUGAUGCUGCAGAUACCAGCUGGAGUGCUUGCGAGAAGAGUGGGUGGGAAGGUUCUGAUCACCAUCGCGAUAUCUGUUAACUCGUUGAUUUCCUUGCUCAUGCCGUUUUUGGCAAAUGUCGGCGGAUGGAAAAUAGUGUGUGCGUGUCGAGUAUUACAAGGUAUGACACAAGGUUUUGUGUUUCCCUCCACGCACUACCUAAUAAGUCAGUGGAUACCACUAGAGGAGAAGGGGAUUCUAACCACAAUUGUGUAUGCAGGUGGACAGCUAGGAAUUGCUCUACAAUUAACAGCUGCAGGAUUCUUAGCAGCCGCUUGGGGUUGGCAAGCGAUCUUCUACGCCAACGGAAUCCUGGGUAUCGCAUGGGUGGUAUCUUAUCUGGUAUUUGGUUCAUCGUCGCCUGAACAAUCGAAGAUAAUAACGGAAGCUGAGCUUAUGUAUAUUCAGACUUCUUUAGGACGAGUUGGCGAACAAAAACGCCACUCGCCUCCAUGGAAGAAGAUAUUUACAUGUGUACCGUAUUGGGCAGCCAUUAUAGCUCAUGGUGGUCAGAAUUGGGGAUUUUUCACACUCAUGACUGAAAUGCCAACAUAUAUGGCUAAUGUACUGAACGUGAAAUUAACUCAAAAUGGUGUUCUAUCCUCACUUCCAUAUCUAGCUAUGUGGCUACUUAGUUUUCCUCUUGGGAUGAUGACAGAUUUCCUCAUCAGAAGAGAAUUGCUGAGCAUUUCCAACACGAGAAAGCUAUUGAACUCCAUCGGGUUGUGGGGACCAGCGCUAGCGCUCAUUGGACUGUCAUACAUACCGCAAGGCAGCAUGGGACUUGCUGUAGUCAUGCUGACUCUCACUGUUUCUAUAAAUGCCGGCCAGUAUACAGGGUAUCCUCUAAUAUUCAUAGAUUUGGCGCCAAACUUCAGCUCACUGCUCAUGGGCAUAUCCAACUCGUUAGCUGGUUCCAUAUCUAUUAUCGCACCCAUUGUGUGUGGUAUUAUAGUGCAAGAUGAGAGAGACCCAGCUGAAUGGCGAAAGGUUUUCUUCUUGGCAUCAGCUAUUUAUUUCGUCUCGAACUUAAUCUUCGUGCUGUUUACAACAUCAGACCGUCAGUCAUGGAACGAACCUGAGAGAGAAAAUGGUAAAUAUCGCAGCGAAUACGCUAAUAAACUCAUUUAUAAGUGA